AUGGUGUGGGCUAUCGUAAAAGGCCAAGUUGGACGCCAGUACACACAAGAUACCAAGUUCAAGGACGUGCAUGUACGGUUGACGCAAGCUUUCGCUGAGUUGGCGGCAUACAGCAUCAAGGGCUGCAUUCACAAGGCCGAUAGGCAGCUCAACAAGCUGGCCGAGUACAUCAUGGAGCAACAAGAAGUCGACGCGAGUGACAGCGACGAUGACAACAGUAAUGACGGCAACGACAGCAACAGCGAUAGCAGCAGUAGCGAGUCGGACAGUUCAGAAUCAGAGAAGUACAUUUUUUCUCUCUUCUUAUUGGCCGCAUCUAAAUAA